CAUCUACGGCCCAGAUCCCUCCAAAAGUGGAGCAGGUUCGGGCUAAGGCUACGCGUCGCCGCCGCGGCCGCCUCCACCUCAUCAUCUCCCACCUCUCGCCGUCGCCGCCGCUGCUAUUUAGAUCGAAUCGAAUCGAAUCCCACGCGGCGCGGAGCCCUCCACUUGCGCUGCUGCUGCUGCGAGAGAUCGAUCGAGAAGGCGCGAACCAUUCUCCCCCCUCUCGGAUCGGCGGGUCGAAUUGGGGCGGAGGAGAUGCUGGACGCCUUCUUCAAGGGCGCCGGUGGCGGCGGCGGCGGGUUCCGCGGCGCAAAGUGCAAGACGCUGCUGAAGCUGUCGAUCCCGCGGAUCAAGCUGCUGCGGAACAGGCGGGAGCUGCAGCUGCGGCAGAUGCGGCGGGACAUCGCCAAGCUGCUCGAGGCCGGCCAGGAGGCCACCGCGCGAAUCAGGGUGGAGCACAUCAUCCGGGAGGAGAACAUGAUGGCCGCGCAGGAGAUUCUUGAGCUCUUCUGCGAGCUCAUCGCCGUCCGCUUGCCCAUCAUCGAGACGCAAAAGGAGUGCCCUAUAGAUCUCAAAGAAGCUAUAUCCAGCAUAUGUUUCGCUGCUCCCAGAUGUGCAGAUCUGCCUGAACUUAUGCAAGUUCAGAUGAUGUUUGCAACUAAAUACGGGAAAGAGUUUGUUGCUGCAGCUACAGAGUUGAUGCCAGAUUGUGGGGUCAAUCGGCAGAUAAUUGAACUACUUUCUAUCCGUGCUCCUCCUGUUGAUGUAAAGAUGAAGCUGCUGAAAGAGAUUGCUGAGGAGCAUGAGAUUGAUUGGGAUCCAUCAGCCACAGAGACAGAAUAUCUUAAACCACAUGAGGAUCUAUUGAAUGGACCAACCUACUUCAAUGGUUCUACACUUCCUCUUCCAAAGGAGAAACAUGAGGAAACACUAGCUGCAAGUGCUGCCGAACAUCCUGAUGAAGACUAUGAGUCUGAUACUGGUUUAGAGUCAUUGGAUUUGCCUGAAGUCCCAAAAGCAGCCAUUCGCCCACCUUCUGAUACUCCAGCAACCCCUGAUAUUGACACACACGUGCAAAGCUCCCAGCCAACUUCUCAUGAAUUCUCAAACAUGCCAAGCUCCCAACCAACUUCUCAUGAAUUCUUAAACAUGCCAAGCUCCCAGCCAUCUUCUCAUGAAUUCUCAAACAUUAAAAGCUCCCAGACAACUUCUCAUGAAUUCUCAAAUGUUCAAACCUCCCAGUUGGCUUCGCAUGAAUUCUCAAACCCAAGUGACUUGGAAGAGAAUCCAACAGCUAAUGCUGCUUUCAUGACUCAGCCAAAAGGUUCAGAACAUAUUCCUACACCAUUCGCUCAACCAAGUAUGCCAGUUUCACCCAAUGAAAAGAAACAUUUUGUUCCAUUUGCCUCUCCACCGCCAUUUGCUGUUCCCUCUCUAGUGGAGAAAAAUGAGUCCAUUCCGUCACCUUCUCCAUCUCCUCCGGUGAAGCCAACAGAUCCAGGAAUGUUCAGGACGAUUGAUGAAGUGACCCCACCUCCAACAGCUACUGAUUACUUGUUCUCAAAACAACCAGAACAGUUACACUCAACCUCUGCUGAGAACAUUGCAAACAUUGACUUGGAUGAUGUACUUUCUGCUGCCCAGACAGCUGCCGAAACAGCAGAGCGAGCUGCAUCAGCAGCCCGUGCUGCUGCAAACCUUGCACAACUGCGCAUCGCAGAUCUGAAGAAGAAUAGUAAGGCUUAUGAGAACUACAGUGACAGUGUCCGAAAGGAAAGCCAUCCUCAAUCCGAAGUGACACAGAAACCAGUAUUUGAUCACCAAGAUUCCUUUUCCAGUGACACACAGGGUUAUGUGCCUUCUCAUUUGCCCCAGAGGUCGCCAUUGAUGGAGGAUGAUCCGUAUUUCUCCUAUCCCAAUCUGUUCUCGUCAAAACCUUGAGGGUGGAAACUCGGUGCGACUUAGUUCUUCAGCAUAGUUCGAAGUGCCUGCGAUGUUGCAUCUUCAGCCUUGUUUAAUCUUGAAUUUGGCUGUUGCCGGGAUAUUCUGUGUAUGCUGAGUUGAUACUUAAAGGGGGGUACUGGCGGGGUACUGGCGUACUGCAGUUUUACUAGGUCACUGCAUGGCUUGUUCAAUGUCUGUAAAUUGUAAAUGUGUGCUGCUUGUACCAAAUUUGUGAUACAUUUUACCACCUCCACAAGAAAUUUAAAAAAAUAAAGGUGAA